AUGGCAUCUGUUUCCAACACAGAAAGUGAUGAGUUCGUGGUCGACCGAAUCCUUUAUAAAGGCGUUUACAACAGGAAAACCAUGUAUCUUGUCAAAUGGAUGGGAUACGACAACACCGACAAUACUUGGGAGCCUUCGAGCAAUAUGCAAAAUUGCAAGGAGUUAGUGAGCACAUUCAAUCAAUGGUUCAAGCAUUAUGACCUGCCAGUGCAAAAGCUCACUGCUGCAGUUGUGGCCAACCCACAGAUCGCUACACAACAAAACAACCACCUAAUGGAUCGAAAUGUGGUGACAACCCAGUUAUGGGGGUUAGUUAGUGAAGGAUUCCGCGCAGGAAUGGUAAGAUUUUAA